UAUACGCACACCACGCGAGGCCUCUUGCAAAAUACGUACCACCUCGGUAAACGUAUAUUUUCGGCACGUUCCUCGUCGAAACAUUGACUAAAAUUAUUAAUCAUCAUUGCUGUUAUUAUUAAGUACGUGUGCGCGUGUUAAACAUGACGUUCAACGUGUCACACGGGGUUCAUUACAGCGUGAGUAACGCGAUAUUUGCAUAAAAUUAAUUUCAUGUCCGAUCGAACACGAUAUAACAACGCGAUAAGUGAUAAGCACACGUCGACUGCGGAGCCGGCCCAGUGGCGGGUCACGUAGCCAACACGAUCCCCAACAUGGUCGAGCUGAGUACUAUCAACAUGAUCAUUAAAAUAUACGCUUUGGCAGGGUUUUGCGUCGCCGCGUACGCGUUUUACGCGGAGACUUCAUUGGAAAACGAUCCGGACUUCAAGCCGUUGUGCGACAUCAGGGAUUACGUAAAUUGUUCGCCGGCUUUUCAAUCCCCAUACGCCAAGGGGUUCGGUAUCGUCGGGUACGUGUUCGGCGAAGAUGUAUUUUUCAAUGUUCCCAACGGACUCGUCGGAAUGAUAUUCUACACCGUAUCGUUCCUGUUGAGUUUCUCGAACAACGAAAAAAUCGUAAACGCCCAAUACUACCUGGCGAUCGCGUCGAACGCGUCCACCGUUUACCUGGCUAUUGUGUUGGCUUUCGUCGUCGGAGAACUGUGCUUGGUGUGCCUGACCACGUACGUAAUAAACGCCGUGAGCCUGUUGUGCGUCUCGUCCAAACGGUGUCGGUUAACGCGCAACAGAAAUGGCUGCAAAACGAAAGGCGAUUGAAAGAAAUCGAAAAAAAUCACAACGAACCCGACCCAAACGAGACGGAAACCAGCGCGCGUAUUUUAUUAUUUAUUAUAAUCGACCGAAAACGAUUCGGGUUUUUGUACACCUCCUCCGGAUGAAUAAACAAAAAUUCGUCAGA